AUGGUACCACACCGAUCCCAUGGCCGUUGCCGCUCGCUGCGAAGCGUCAGCGAAAACGCAAGCUUUCUGGCCUCGCCGGGCCCUCUUGAGAGCAUGCUCAAGACAACAACUGAAACCGGCGACAUAGGCAUCUUCACUAUCCGCUCUGUUCCCAAGUCACAUACCUCUCGUCGAGUACAUCGGUCGAAGCCCGUUGACAGGUCGGAUGCCCUCGCUUCUCAGUCGUCAAACGCCGCGAUUUACAUCCCUCCACCCAUAAGGGACGACCGCCUGCUCUUGCCUUCGUAUCGAGACACAACCUCGGAGAUCUUGUCCUUGUACGGAUCUGAGGGCCAGAGAUCUGUCUACAGCUCUCUAUCCCGCCAGUGCGAUGGUAGCGGCCUCAGGUCUUACUCCAUGACAAGUUCAGUCUCGAGAAGGCUCCGUAGCCAAGGUUCAGACAGAACUCUGUUCAGCCAAGCCAGCAGCGGCAUUUUACAACGUCCACGUUCGCCAUUUCCCUACCCGACUCGGCUCAAGCGACCGGGUGUACGGCCAGCUUCACCGGCUCUCACGGAGAAUGGCAGGGUCGAUUACAGUAGGAUGGUUGAGAUUGAUCGGGUUUCCUAUAGAACUGUCCACGGCUUGUAUAGGCCACGUUAUGGACAAUCCCCUCGCCGAAGACCGCCCUUGUCGUUACGAAAUGGUCCUUAUCGACUCCCAGGCGCGGGUUCUCUAGGCCCUUACUUUGUGCGCCCGAGUCCAUGUGAUGAUGGUGGCUUCUCCGGCGGUGAGACUGUCCAUGCGACGGGUCAUGAACAUGAGAAUAAACGAGAACGUCGGCUACAGAACCCAACCCCAGUCGUGCAACCAAGACGCCAAAACGACUUGUGGGAAUCGUCGACAGUGCCUUCGGCUACGUUUUACUAUGACUAUUCCGAGGAAUUCGACUGCUCGGGAGGUCAGCCAGACGAUCUGUCACCAUGGCCACUCACUCGAGGCUCGUUGGGACAGCCAGCCUCAGAGGACAGCAGCACAGAGUUCAAGGACCAGUCAUACCAACUCGAGACGCUUGGACUCGGUCUGGUAGCUAUACGGGCUCAGGCUAGAACAGGGUCUCACGAGCUACUCUCAUACAAUCAUCAUAAUGCUCAAGAGCUCCAGCCCUCUGACGCCCACUUUGUUUCGAGGGCAAGGCAUGUACAAGCGCGUUCGCCUCUCCAGGACGCCACUCAUGGACAGACUACCGCGCAUCAAGGGCAUCUUGACAAUAACCACUACGGUACUUUUGUCUCCCAAAACAACGGAACCAUUGCGAAGAUGUAUGAUUCACCCACAGAUAUGACGGCGACUUCCAAGUCACCGGAGCGUCAAGUCGAAAUCGAGAGCCCAGGGAAGACGACGAUUCAUAGCGAGCAGGCGGAAAUUCUAGAUCCUGAAGACCAGCUUUCGAUUCGAACAUACAGUCUAUCUACUAUUCCUGAUCAUGACAGCGGCAUCGCAGAGGAGAGCAGGAACUCGAUUCUCUUGGUGAAGGCGGAGGACGAACACACGCAGCCCGAACGAAAUGCUAGUCCAUCCCGGAGUCGAGAGAAUCAUUCGUCGCUGUCUCGCUCACAACCUACGCCCACGGAAGGUGCGCAGUUGCAGGCCAGCCUGUCAGCGGAUUUCGCACAACCGCACAACCCUGGAACACCGAUCUCUGCGAAACUCUAG